GACGAACAAGAGCUUCAAUGACAGGUGGCGAAUUGACAGCGUAUUCGGCCUCGGGAGAAAUUUCGAACGUUAUUUUUACCAUCAAUACUGCGUAAAUUAUAGAUAAAACAUGCAACAAUUAACAGUAUUCAUGGAUAUCGAAAGUUCACGUUCGUAUAUCGACGAGCUGUAUUCACCAGACACACCGAAGGUUGUGGAAGCCUUAGUGACGCUGAAGAACUCAGUGAUUGGCAGCAAUCGACAGAAGAGUUCAGUGAUACAGCAAGGAGUAGUGCCGCGUCUUCUUCAGUUAAUGUCUGAUGAAACAUUGGACCCUAACAUAAGACUCGAAGCUACUAUCACAAUAGGUUCACUCGCAAAAGGCACAGAAGAAAAUGUAAGAUCACUAGUAGAGCAGGGCACAGCAACGGCACUAGUGGACCUUCUGAGGAAUGCCCCUGUUGGCACAAAGUUGGCAGAAGCUGGGCUAUGUGCACUACGGAGUGUGUUCCUGCAUCCACCAGCACCAAUAUCUGCUUUACCAGCCGACAUGAGGCUUUUGAGCAGACUUACACAAAUUGCACGGGAAGGAUCACCAACGGCUAGAGCUUGCGUGGUGAGGAUCCUCUCGAUCUGGUGCACGGGGGCAGGAGAGCAGGAAGCUCUGUGUGCUGCUGGAGCUUGUGAAGCCGCCGCGGCGCUGCUCGCUGCCACUCCACCUGCCGCGCCGGCACUGCCAGCCCUCGACCUACUCGCCGCUAUGUGCUUUGAAAAUACCAACGUCUCACAAAUUGCUCUGAAUACUAGGCACGGUGACAAGACGAUACCGGAGCUGCUAUCAACACUGGUGUGUCGAGACAAACCGUUGCCUGUAGCGAUGGGGGCGGCGAGGUGUCUCACCUUCAUGCAUCGCGCUAAUGCUAUACCCGCUGAUGAUGCUCGAGUGGUGUUCGGUGCUCUGCCUUGCCUCGCCCGCCUAUGUACCAAGGACAUGCCGGAGGACAUCAGGGCUUCGGCGGCCGAGACCUUAGCUUACUUAGCAGAGGUAGACACAUCUCUCCAACGACUGGCAGCGAUCUCAAAUCAUUUAAUGACGUCACUCGCUGAGAUCGUCAACUGUCCCUCUCCAGCCGCUAAGCAAGGUGCCUUCAAGUGCUUCGCGUCGCUCGGUGCUAACGAUGAAGAUAUUAGGAAGAGGAUCAUUGAAACACACGGUCUGAUGGUCCAUGUCGUCAAUGGAAUGAACAAUCCUGAAGCAUCGGUACGAUUAGCAGCAGUAAGAUGCUUACACUCGCUUUCAAGAUCUGUACAACAGCUACGAACAACAUUUCAGGACCAUGCCGUAUGGAAACCCUUAAUGCAAUUGCUGGGUGAUUCGCCCGGAACAGAACUUUUAACUGUUGGUUCAUCAACACUCUGCAAUUUACUUCUCGAGUUUUCACCAGCUAAGGAACCAAUGCUCGACCAAGGUGCAGUAGAAAUGUUGUGUAACUUGACGAAGAUGCCCGAAGCUGCGUUACGACUAAAUGGAAUUUGGGCACUUAUGAAUAUGGCUUUUCAGGCAGAACAAAAAGUGAAGCAACGUAUUCUAAGUUGCCUCGGCACAGAGCAGAUGUUCCGCCUGCUUGGAGACAGCGACACCCGCGUCAUCAUGAAGACCCUGGGACUACUCCGCAACCUUCUCUCCACCAGGCACCACAUUGACGCCAUCAUGAGCGAGUACUCUUCGCAAGUUAUGCAGGCUGUCAUAGUAGUUCUAGAAGGUUCCUACCCUGCAGAGGUGAAGGAACAAGCGCUAUGCAUCCUAGGAAAUAUUGGGGACGGAGAGAAGGCGAAGGAUCUCAUCAUGGCCAAUGAAGAUGUACUUAGAAAACUGGUGGACUAUUUGGUCCAGGCCUCGAAACAGUCCUGGGGGCAAACAUCGACCGAGUACGUCACGAGAGCGAUUCAAUGGGCGAUGCAAAAGACGACGGAAGGCGCACCCGGAGAGCAAGCUGCAGGAGGCGGCGCUGUUCGUGGCGGGCAACCUGGUGUGGCGCGGCGAGGCGGGCGCGGCGGCGCGGCAGGCGCGUCUCGCAGACCUCGGCGUCUUGCGCGCGCUCAAACUGCUGCGCGCAAGGCACGACGCCGCUCAUCUACACGACAAAGUGAAGACGGCCCUGGCGCAGUUUAACGACUUCACAUAAUGCUGCAAGGGGCACAGGCACAAGCGCACGCGGCGAUAGUGUCUGUUAGUUAUAGUUACGCUUGUGAUCCAGUCGAGUACCGACAGUGAGUUAUCCAGUCAUAAACCUUAUGAUAUUACGACACUGCGUCUAGCUUUAAGUAUUUAAUUGUACAUAAAAUAAGUUGACAAAUUGUUAUCUCGACGACGUGUGUUAUUGAACUAUUUAUUGAAAUAAUUUAUCCUGUAGUCGUCACCGUUCAUCGUCACUAACUCUUAACGUUUCGUACCAUUUUAAUGUAACAUUUGACGAGUAUCUCCCAAAGAUAUCGAUACGCGUUUCCAACGACAGAGGUGCUAGCUACCCUCGCGAAAUGUUUAUUUUUGUGUAACUAGCGGAAUGUAGUGAAACUACAAUAGCGUAAUUUAGUUAGUUGUUGAUAUUACGACACUUUUUAUAUGCGUGUGUUUUACGAAAUCAGCUUAUUCGUAUACAAAAUUAUUACUUGAAUAAAUCAGUAUUGUAAUGUACGAUGUAUUGCUACUGUUUUAUUUCAUAAUCUUAUACUUGAAUAAUAUUUUGCUCUACAUCAAUUUCAUGAUCAUCGUUUUGUUGAUAGAUGUAUGACUAAAUCUGUGGUAGAACCAAUAAAAAUAUCGUUGUAAAAAUUGACGUAAAAUAUUUUGGGAAUAAUUGUCCUGUGAUGACUAAUGCGUCUUUAAAAUGUCGUUAUAACCGCGUGUGUGAAAUCCUAGGUAGAAUAAGGCUCGGUAUGAAGGGUAAUUAAAAUAUGGGAAGGCUGUGUUGGUCAAUGUGCUUAUUAAACAAGUAACAUCGUAUCCACGGUCGGACGAUAAAACGUAAAUUGGGAACGAAAUAAUGGCGAUCACUCAUUUCCUUGUACCUGAGAUACUGUUUGUGUAAAUAAUUGUUCGGAGACAUAAGGAAUGAGUUUCGCGCAAUUUAGAACGAGUCUCUUAGACGACGGUAAACAGGUAGCUUUUGAUAACGCAUUGAAUGUAUGUAUGUAUGAAUGUAUGUACUGUAGAUAAACUAACGAAUAAAUAAAUAUUGCCUAGCGCUUCUCAGUGUAUUUUC